AUGGAAGCUAACGGAGAACAGCUAAGCCCGUGGAGCCGUCACCGAUCCCCGAGACACACCAUCACCACGCUAAAACUACCGCGGUGUAGUCCAGAGAGCGACCGAGCCAAGAGGCAUGCUUCUCGGCGAGAGAUCCCAGCCAGCCCCCGGCCCCUGGAGCGUCGUCCGUGCGUCCGAGCGUCCUGGUCCAGCAGUGGUAUUCCUCCCGGUUCCCAAAAGGUCGCCGGUGUUCGUCUCUCUCUGAAAGACCGUCGCCGUCUCAUCAUGGUGGAAGAUAACCUUUCAUGUUCACACCAGCCCCUCGCUCUCGCUGCUGGUUUCCUCGGCAACAUGAAUAUGGUAAUGUCGCCUUUGACAUGA